CAGGUGAAAUGUCAGGACUUUGUCUUGGCAGAAGCACACUAAGGCAUGUGUGGCCUUAUCUUGCCAGGAGAAAACCGGAAUGUGUGUCACUGUGCUUGUCAAGAUCCAGCAAAUUUAGCACCUGUGUCUCCAUCACAUCCGCAUCAAAUGGCUACACACUGUUGCCACCUCAUAGACAGGCUGCUCUUGCUAGAUCACAGCUGGGGCCGUUGGUGUGCAUGCAGCUUGUGAGGACAGUGAUGCAGCGAAAGCUGCCAGAUUUUUCACACAAGCCGCUGAAGACACCGUUUCACAAAAAAGUUUACUUAAUGUUCCUGCUUACUAUGGUUAUUCUCUCCAUAUUUAUUGAGGG